CGGACUUGUGAGUGGAAAAUUCGAAAACCCGAUUGAAAUUUUAUUGAUAGUCCUGCGAUCUUGGACCCAGUGGAGGGGGAAAUGGGUUAUAUACAAGCGCGGAAAUGGGUCGACUUGGAGGAGUUCGAAAAUCAAUUAUUUUUUUCUUCACUGAUAACAGUCGGAAUAUUGUUGAUGCGGGGCUUAUCCGAUUAGAUCUAAACUACAUGGGGAAAUAAGCUGUGAAUGCCUCCGCCGACUGACAUACCACUCACUCUCGGGUAGACCGUUGGCAUGUUCUCAACUUAGUCCAUGAUGAUCUAGCUGGGGGGUGCCGGGCUUGAUUCUCUCUUGACACUACUAUAUCAACUACUGUCAUUGGCCGACAAUGCUCGACUUCAUGGAAUAUAUCCAACUCGCGUUCGCCGAGGGGACUAACUGGAACCGCGACAAUUCAUACUCGUCGCUGACGGCCACAGCCCAGUCCCUCCUGGAUUUCUCAACCCCCGAGCGUCUGCGUGUGCAUCUCUCCUCGCUAUCCACCCCCAAUUUCGCAACCAGCUACACCCUCGGCACAGUAGGCCUAAUCGACGGCUCAGUCUCUUACCUCUACAGCACCGUCCCAUUCACCAAUACACCAAGCCGAAGUGCCUUGAUCCCCCUUCGCAAACUAUCCCCAGGCUACCGCCAAGUAACGCCCCCAGUUGCCCCAAUCGAAGACUGGAACUGGACCUCAAUCCUCGACAACCCCCAAAAUGUCCAGCCGUCGUUCGCCAGCAAGCCCACUCUCCUGCACGCAACACUACACCUCCCGCCGCCAACAACCCUAAACGCCCUUUUCCUGCGUCGCAUCUCCCCAACUAUGCAACUAACACUAGCGGUCUGCUCGACGAGAGGCCCCCCGCUCUCCAAGUCCGCGCCACAGGCAUCCCUCCUCACGCAAUUGUCACACGACACAGGCAAAUACAGCAACGAGUACCUCUUCAGCACAGAUAAUGCGCUAUUCGGCUGGCGAGGGCUAUGGAACUUCGGACCCGACCCCAGGUUCGCGACGGAGACCACCGCGUCGCGCCUCUCGCUUCUAUCAGCUGGUGCGGAGGCAUAUUACUCGCCUGUGUCGUCGCUCAUUGGCAUGUCCACUGGUCUGAGAUUUAGCACCCUCCCCGCUGCGACGGAUGUACCUGCGUCAGCGGCUACGGGGUCGGCGACGGCGAACCAGAAUACUCCCAUCUCUACGUUCCCGUAUACGCUUACCUUAACCCUGACACCGCUAACUGGUUCCCUGUCGACGACGUAUUCGCUCCGUGCGUCGCCUAAUCUGGCGUUUAGCUCGCGUUUCGGGUUCAAUGUUUACAGCUGGGAGAGUGAGAUGGUGGCUGGUUGUGAACUGUGGCGGAAAUCGAGGAAGCGUGAUGAAGAUGAUGGGUUGGAAUGGGCGAGACGGAAAAUGCGCGCUUCGGAGCCUCUGUCUUUGCCUUCUUUGCCUGCUGAGCCUAAGAAGAGGCAGGAAGAGGAGGAGGCGACGGACUCUGUUCUGAAGAUUCGGGUCGAUCAGUCGUGGAAUGUACGGGUCCUCUGGGAGGGGCGCGUGAAGGAACUGCUGGUGAGUGCUGGGGUAGGAUUGGGGCCGAGUUCGUUCUCGUCUUCUUCGUGGGCGACUGCUGCGGCUGGAUCGGGGCAGAGCAGCGGCGGCGGGGGUGUGCCGUCGUAUUGGAGGGGCGUGGGUGUCUCGGUACUUUAUUCUUCUUAAUUUCUAUUCAACUGUUUGGUUUCUUAGAUAAUGGGCGUUGGGUCCGUUGUAUAAGGAAACAAGCUUUUGGCACAAAUGUAUAUAAUUAGUGUUAACUAGAGCGGGAUAGAUGAACUGUCGGAUAAAUUUUCGUGUGAAAACUU